UUGUAAGGUUAGUCCAAUUUUACGGGCUGUGGCGGUAGGGGUGGGUUUAGCAGUGGUGCCCUGCACAGCUUUGUGCUUGGCCACCUGACCCCCAGCUUUGUUGAGCCAUCUGUCUUCAGGAGCUGACCUUGAUGACCGCAGCCACACUGGGUUUGCAUACCUGGACACAGGGCUGAUGGUGGGCUGGAGUGGCCUGGCCUGGUUAUAAGCCAGUUUCCUGGGGAAACACCUUCCCACAUGGAGCCCUCGUUUUCAGCACCCACAGCUUGCCACAGCUUCAGGGACCCCAAGGGUGAGGCCCUACCUAGUCCUGCUCAGCAAAGGGUGAGCCAUGCCCUGGAGGUCAGAUCUGAGCAGGAUGAGGAUGUUCUACUCUGAAGAUGGCCCCAUACUCCAGGGUCCCGUGCUGCUCCUUGGGUGCUCUAGGCCUCGGCUAUCCCUGCAUGGCCUGCCAGGCUGCAGUGAGCUCCUGUCCUGCCCCAUCUGCAGGAUGGCCUCGCCACCCACUCCUCAUUAUCAGGGGCUAGCUCACCACAGCUCCCCAGUAAGCCAGGAGACAUUGGUGCCUGGCGACCAUCUCUUAGUUCCAUUCUGGCCAGACCAAGCUCUUUAUUACCCUGCCUCCUGGGUCAGGAGGUCAGACUCAGGGCUACUUCCUGGGGCCCCCAGACCUCUGGAGCCACAGAAGGGUUUGGAAGGGCAAAUUCCAGGCAGCCUUUUGUCCUGCCACCAGCCUUUGAUCUCAGGCUCCCUGCUCCCCAGUGGAGGAGGGGCCGCCAGCCCAGCUGGCCCCCAGGUCAGGCAGCUGGGGGCAGGGAAAGACUCCCGGGUGCUUGCAGGCCCUGGGCAGCUUGUAGAACAUUUGUUUUUUGGCUUUGGUACUGGGGAUUGAACUCAGGGGCACCCACCCCUGGAGCCACAUCCCCGGCCCUAUUUUGUAUUCUAUUUAGAGACAGGGUCUCACUGAGUUGCUUAGCACCUUGCUUUUGCUGAGGCUGGCUUUGAACUCUAGAGCCUCCUGCCUCAGCCUCCUGAGCUGCUGGGAUUACAGGAGUGGGCCACUGGACCCGGCGGACAUUUGCUCUUUUAGGGUGUACCUAGAUGCCCUUAGACUUGGCCAUCCCUAGGAUACUGAUGUGGAGCCACAUCCUAGUGCUGGGCAGCCUCAGGGCGUGACUGUGGCCAGCACAUGCAGGCCUCCCUUUCUACCCCAGGAUGCCUGCAGGCGUCACUUCUGCACCUCCUUGCCCUGCUGAGGAAGGACCUGGGCCUGGGCCUGGGCCAUAGCCAGAGGCUUCAGCAGAGUGGGUAUCUCUGGGAAUGCAGAGUCCUCUGUGUCAACCCAGGGCCUGAGCUGCCAAGGCCUGACCCCUGCAGAUUUCACAUUCACCCCAAGAUGUGCUGGCACAGAUCAAAGUGAAAUUCUUCCCAGGAAGUGAACAGACCCCUCUCCAUCUGCUGGGCUGAAAUAGCACUCCUUUGCCUUACCUGGAUUCACAGGUGACAGGUACCAUCUGGACCUGCCUUGGGGGGGAGACCCAGGCCUGUGGUCAGUUGGGAUGAGUGGGCUCCAGCCUCCGGGGCCAAAGGGGAACCCAAAGAAUCAACAGAGGAGAGGAAGGGCCAGUCCAAGGCAGGGACAACCGGUCACCAAGAGAGUGGAUGCCUGCAGACUGCUGUGCUCUGGGGCCCAAGGAGGGGCUGGCAGUCACACGGCCUUGCCCCCUGGCCCUGUGGUCCCCAUGCCCUCCCUGCAGCUGCUCCUGCUUCUGUUCCUCAUCGUCAGGCUGGCCUUGGGGGCUGGCCUGCUUCCAGAGCUAGGGAACCACCCAGGCUUGUGCCCCAACCAGCUCAGCCCCAGUCUGUGGGUGGACGCCCAGAGCACCUGCGAGCGUGAGUGCGUCAGGGAUCAGGACUGCGCUACCUCGGAGAAGUGCUGUGCCAACGUGUGUGGGCUACAGAGCUGCGUGGCAGCCCGCUUCCCAGAUGGCCCAGCUGCACCCACCACGGCAGCCUCCUGUGAGGGCUUCAAGUGCCCGCAGCAGGGUUCUGACUGCGACAUCUGGGACGGGCAGCCCGUGUGCCGCUGCCGUGACCGCUGCGAAAAGGAGCCCCACUUCACCUGUGCCUCUGACGGCCUCACCUACUACAAUCGCUGCUACAUGGACGCUGAGGCCUGCCUGCGUGGCCUUCACCUGCACGUGGUACCCUGCAAGCAUGUCCUCAGCUGGCCGCCCAGCAGCCCAGGGCCACCGGAGACCACAGCCCGGCCAACGCCGGGGGCUGCCCCCAUGCCACCUGCCCUGUACAGCAGUCCCUCCCCACAGGCAGUGCAUGUGGGGGGCACAGCCAGCCUCCACUGCGAGGUCAGUGGCCGCCCACCCCCUGCUGUGACCUGGGAGAAGCAGAGCCACCAGCAGGAAAACCUGAUCAUGCGCCCUGACCAGAUGUAUGGCAACGUCGUGGUUACCAGCAUCGGGCAGCUGGUGCUCUACAAUGCCCGGCCAGAGGAUGCCGGCCUGUACACCUGCACUGCGCGUAAUGCCGCAGGCCUGCUGAGGGCCGACUUCCCCCUCUCUGUGGUCCAGCGGGAGCCGGCCAGGGACAGGGCCCACGGUGCCCCUACUCUGGCGGAGUGCCUGCCUGGCACGCAGGCCUGCACUGGCCCUGCCUCCCCACACCAUGUGCUCUGGAACUUCGAUCCACAGCGCGGUGGCUGCAUGACCUUCCCCGCCCUUGAAUGCGACGGGGCCGCCCGGGGCUUCGAGACAUAUGAGGCGUGCCAGCAAGCCUGCGCCCGCGGCCCUGGGGACGCCUGCACCUUACCAGCGGUGCAGGGGCCCUGCCAGGGCUGGGAGCCACGCUGGGCCUAUAGCCCACUUCUGCAGCGGUGCCUGCCCUUCCUGUACAGCGGCUGUGAGGGCAAUGGCAACAAUUUUGAGAGCCGGGAGCGCUGUGAGGACGCCUGCCCUGUGCCCCGCACGCCGCCCUGCCGGGCCUGCCGUCUCAGGAGCAAGCUGGCGCUGAGCCUGUGCCGCAGCGACUUUGCCAUUGUGGGGCGGCUGACCGAGGUGCUGGAGGAGCCCGAGGCUGCGGGCGGCAUUGCCCGUGUAGCUCUGGACGAUGUGCUGAAGGAUGACAAGAUGGGCCUCAAGUUUUUGGGCACCAAGUACCUGGAGGUGACACUGAGUGGCAUGGACUGGGCCUGCCCCUGCCCCAAUGUGUCUGCUGGGGAUGGGCCACUGGUCAUCAUGGGCGAGGUGCGUGACGGUGUGGCCGUGCUGGACCCUGGCAGCUAUGUACGUGCUGCAAGUGAGAAGCGGGUGAAGAAGAUAUCAGAGCUGCUGGAGAAGAAGGCCUGCGAGCUGCUCAACCGCUUCCAAGAUUAGCCCUGCCCCGUCCCCCUCUGCCCUCCUUCUGGACGAAUAAAAGCUCUUCCCUGC